AUGCAAUUGGCAGUACUAACGGGACGAUGUCCUCUGAAUAAAAUGCACGACAUCAUGGUGUGCGCCUCCGGAUACGAAGACGCCACCUCGUGUUGCGAGGCUUACAACGUCUUCGAGCGCGGUUACGAGCACUGCCGACCCUACUGCAAUCCAGCAGCAGGCCUUCCGAGUGGCGGACUUCUCUCCGAAAAAUACAAGUGCCUCGUCAAGCUUUCGACAAUCCAGCAAUGUUUCUACAUUUCGCAAAAACCAUAA